GAUUGCCUUUAGCUUCCUCAACGUCGUCCUCAGCUCGUUGUUGCGCGUGUGAAAGUGUGCUCUAUUUCAUACCCGAAGACAAAUGUGUAUGAAUGCUCCGUGCGCAAGAGCGGUAAACGCGAAACAACGUGAUCGAAUCCGCACCGCGUUUACCGUAGUAGUUGAAAGCCACGGCUAGUGUAAUCGGACGGCAGCAGACACAGCGGAAAAGUUCAAUAAUCCCGUAACCGAGUGGUCCCAGUUUACCUGCCGCGCCUGCUGCGAUUACCAAAAAGGAGCGCUUAGUGUGAUUCUAAUUUAAUUUGUAGCAAGACCACGGCCCACAUAACGGAUAGCAAGACAAACGACGUUUUUGCGGCUCGCGAAUUGAAGAUUUCUUCUCAGGAAAAUAUCGAAAACUCUAAAGCAAAGCGAAGAGGAUAGUUUCGCCGUCCAUUAGUGUGCGGAGAUAUGAGUAGCAGUGCCUCAUCGUCAACGGCUGGAAGUAAUGCCGCAGCAACGAACCAAUCGGGCCAGGCCGGCGAGGUCGGAAGUGCUACGGACGGCAGUGCCAGCAGUGGACCGGGUGGAAAUAUCGUGGAAAAGCAGCAGAGUGGUGGCGGAGUACCUGGUGGACACCCGGGAACGGAACCGCGGACCUCUUCACCUGCCCACCAUCGGAACGGGGGUGGCGGCGUGGUAGGGACCGGUGGUGGCAGUACUACUAGCAGCGGUACCACCGGAACGGUUCUGCGUCGAAAGACGAACGUUUGUCUCAUCUGUGGCAUCUACACCAAUUUGUCGCUCAACAUAUUCGAGCCCCGGAAUGGACCGAACAUCGUCGAUGUGAUCUACGAGAAGUACAAGUUCCGGGCCGAACGUGGUGACAACGCGGACAAACACAUCUGCUUCAGCUGCAACAACUGGCUGAUCAAUUGGUACUCACUGCAAAACACUUCGUCGGGCAGCUCGCGAACCUAUGAACCGGCACCAUCGACCAGCCGCUCAUCUUCGGCAGCGGACAGCAGCAACAAUAGUCGGCACGGUCGACACCAUGCCCAUAAACCACGUACGAAAAGCCAUUAUCGCAAUUAUUCCACCACACACGCAUCGAACGAUAAGGAAAAUCGACAACAAAUCCCUGCAUCCAUUCCAGAUCAACAUGGUCAGAUAUCUUCCACAACAAACACGACGAGCGCUGAAGAUCACACAAGAUCUCCCCACCCUAGCGUGCAUCCUUACACGAAAAAGAACACCAACUUUUCCGGUAGCUCACGAUCACGCUCGUGUGCGCUCAAGGAAAAGAAUGGUCAAAGGGGUGCGCCAUCUAAUGGUGGUUGGAAGCAGCACUAUCCUCACCAAGACUCGGACAAUGUUGUGUCGAGCAGCACGGAACAAUACCUCGAUCCGUACACGUUACUAGUCAAACCGUUCGAAAACCGUCUAAUACAAAUGCUCGAAGGGCAAGGCACCAGCGUAACGAAAGAAAACGUUACACCAACUAGCGCACGCGCCUGGACACCGCGGUCAACGAGCGAUACCGCGAACGGGAACAAUGUGACCGUGAUCGCGCGACGAAGCUUCGAUGUGAAUGGAAACGUUUCGCCGCGCGUACCACCAAACGACGUCGUCGAAGAUGACACGAAGGAGAUUGUCAUCAGCUUCGAUACAGCCCUUUCGGAGGUGAUCGAUGUGGUUCCAUCGCUGAAAGCUAUACAAUCAUGGAACGUUGACCCGGGCAGAUCGUUACCGGUGGAUCCGGUACGAUCGUUACAUAAGCGGUUAUCCUCCGGUGCACUCACUGUUUCGGUAAUCAACGGUACUGGAAUGUCCAAUUCCGGUACUUAUGAAUAGUGAGGGAGGAAAAAGCUAAAUCACAGCUAAAGAUCGCCAACAAGGCGCUGCCAUUUGUGAAAGAAAAACUAUAGUAAAAAAAAAGAACCAUUUGUUAUUAGUUAAACCUUCCCUACAACCGGGGAGUUGCCAGGACAAUUAAAUGCAGGUACCAAGUCUGCUAGCUGGAUUGUUAUAGGAGCGUUUAGUUACGGAAACAAAUCGUUAAAGAACAUGUAAACUACCAAAACAAAA